GUUAGGCAACAUGGCAGCGUUGAUGUGUUUGCUUGGGGGCACAGGUGCUCGGGUUCUGGAAUAUACCUUUAUGAUUUAUUAGUAUAAGGGGGUGUGAUAUCUAGUGGGUGCGAUUAUAUCACAUAUAUUCCAGAACCCGAGCACCUGUGCUUGGGGGUUGCAUCGAUUCCUCCAUCAUGAUAUACCCCCCGGAAGCAAUUGACUGUAAGGAUCUGAAGGGACAUAUAGGCCUACUCAAUUGUAUGGAUAAUGGAGCUGUCCAACCAGUUCACCAACACAUGACGAGCUGUACAGAUCGAUUGGUGACGUUCUUUCAGUGGGGAUACCAACUUCGCCAGAGUUCCUAUCAGCUAGCGUGUGAUGGAUUUUUUCACGAAGGUGUCGGUGAUAACGUUACUUGUUGUAAGUGUGGAAAAACAUUGAAAUAUUGGGAACAUAAAAACUUUCCAGUUGAGUGUAUCGAUCACCAGUAUGCCCUGCCCUAUCCACCCAAACCAAUAAAAAUAAUAGACGGCAUGGUUGUGAUUCGUGACUUUAUUCGAGAAAUCGUGAACUGGAACAUACCAAGGUGUGACAGAAACGCUUUCAUAUCACGAUUGUGUGAUGCUGAACGGAGAAUGAACGAACUUAAAACAGAUAAAUGGAAAGACAGAGUCAGUAAAAUGGUAAUGUCAUGAAUCGUGUAGAAGAUUGGUUUCAUCACGGAAUUAGAUUCUGAGUCCGUGGUUUCAUGUAACAUUUUAAUAAUACGUUGUCUUUUGCAAUAAAAGUUUUGUAUAA